UUAUCCACCCCUCUCAGCUCCUGCUUCAGGCGGCUCCUCCGGGCAUGCUCCUUAAGCCAAAGUAUGGCCGCUUUCGCAACGAAUCUGUGACCUCCUCCGACGACCUGAUGCAGAGCUUAGCCAUGAGCGGCAAAGUUGUGGCCACACCAGUGGUCCCCUCCUCCACCCCGAGUCUCCCUCUGCCUCCCCUGCCUCCUCUGGAUCCCAGUGCCAGAUCAUCCUCCUCUGCCGGGGCUGCAGCCCUGGCUGACUCCCCUUCCCUCGAUGGGGAACAGGAUGCCACCACUACCUUUUGCAUGCUCAUCCCUAAGAUGCCCCAGUGGAAGUUCUCUAACUCCCUACUCAGCCGGAGCCCGUCCAACUCCAGCUCCAGCUCCAGCUCUAGCAAGGACUCAGGCAAAGCAGCAGCAGCUCCCUCCCAGGCCUCUGUCUCCCUCUCAUCAUCAUCACACAGGACCAAUGGUGCAACCUCAGCCAGUGGCCCGGUGGCUAGUCUUGCAGCAGUGCUUAACUCCUGUGACCCUGUUUGUGUCACCCCCUGUUCCUUACAGGCCAUUCGAGGGCAAAGAUCAGUUGCAAACUCUGCCAGUCCAGGGGGCCACGGAUUUGGUGCCACAGAGGCCAUGGCUAGCCCUGGGGGUUCCAGCAGCUCCAGGUCAGGAAUGAACCGCAGGACAAGGGUGGAAGGCAUCUGGCUGGGGGGAGAGGACUUUACCCAGAAAGGUAGCUUCAUCCACAAACCCUCUCAAGGCUGGCUGCACCCUGACAAGAAGAUUGCAGGACCAGGGGCUUCUUAUAUUGUCAGGUACAUGGGCUGCAUUGAAGUGCUCAAGUCAAUGCGCUCCCUGGACUUCAACACGCGGACUCAGGUGACAAGGGAGGCCAUCAACAGGCUGUGUGAAGCUGUGCCAGGUGGAAAGGGAGCUUGGAGGAAGAAGGCCCUGAACAAGGCUCUCCAGUCUGUUAUGGGGAAGAGCAACCUGCGAUUUGCAGGCAUGAGCAUUGCAGUCAACAUUUCCAUAGACGGCCUCGGUCUGCUUAUACCUACCACACGACAGGUGAUAGCACACCAUCCCAUGCAGUCUAUUUCAUUUGCCUCUGGGGGAGACACAGACACACCAGAUUAUGUUGCAUAUGUGGCCAAAGACCCAGUGAAUCAGAGAGCAUGUCACAUCCUGGAGUGCUCAGAUGGUUUAGCCCAGAGUGUCAUCAGUACCAUUGGACAAGCCUUCGAGCUGCAGUUCAAACAGUACCUACACAGUCCUCCCAAAACCAUGGCAUCUGUGGAGAGGUCUGUCAGGACAGAGGAGCAGAUGUGGGGGGAGGAUGAGGACUUCUCUGAUCAUGAUUACUACAACAGCAUCCCAGGGAAAGAGCCUCCUAUUGGAGGAGUGGUGGACUGUAGGCUCAGGCCAAGUGCAGCCCUGCUGGGUCACAUCCACACCCAACCACAGAGCAAGGCAGCAGCAGCAGCACAGAUGGGCUCAACAGCCAGGAGAGAGCAAGUAUCUUAUCCUCCUGGUCAGCUGUGCUACGAACUUCACUGGGACACAGAAACGACCAGCAGCUCAGGUCUGACAUCAGAUGGUUACCUGUGUGCUGAUGGCCAGCAACCAGGCAGCAGAGACUAUGAGGAGCAUCAGUAUGUUAAUACCCAGAAUCUGGACAACCUGACUUCAAAGGGGCUUGAAGGAGCCAGAGGGGGCAGGGCACCUGACAGUCCUAAAAAAGACCUCUUUGACAUGAGGCCCUUUGAGGACGCCCUGAAGCUCCACGAGGCCUGUGGUGGAGCUGUUGGGUCCAGUAUGUCUACUGCGGCUGGAGGCAUCCAGGUCCUGGAGGACCAGUGGCCCAGCCCCCCACGCCGUCGAGCCCCUGUGGCCCCAAAUGAGGAGCAGCUCCGCAGGGAGACGUGGUACCACAGUCGCAUGAGCAGACGGGAUGCAGAGAGACUCCUGGUCCGGGAUGGUGACUUCCUGGUCCGGGAGAGUACUACCAACCCAGGCCAGUAUGUGCUAACCGGCAUGCACUGUGGCUUGCCCAAACACCUACUGCUGGUGGACCCAGAGGGAGUGGUCAGAACCAAAGACAUGUUAUUUGAGAGCAUAAGUCACCUUAUCUCAUACCACCUGAAGAAUGAGCUGCCUAUUGUGGCAGCAGAGAGUGAGCUCCACCUCAAACAGGUGGUCAGGAGGAAACAGUGAGCCACCUGACACUGCAUGGGACGGUGAAUUUUUGCGUUUCCACAAAAAUCACAUCCAAAAACAAAUAUGGAAAUCAUUUAUCCAGGAUGGAUAUUUAUCUGGAACAAAGGAGACCACUGAUGCUUUCUUUCCAUGAACAAUUCUACUAAGGAGAGCGAGACUUCUGACAUUUCCUUGUACUCUUGCCUACCAGGAUCAAUCAAACUAUCCCUCAGCUGUCAAAAACUCAGCAUGCAGCUAUUAAGCUAACAAACCAAGCAGAAUCCACAGCUGGACUCAUGUCAGAGCCAGGAAAUUGUCCGCAAAUGUCAAAAAUAAAAGUGACGACUGUUUCAAGAGGACCCAGCUUCAGGAAAUCAAAUCAAGAUUUCUUGCGCGGAGAAGUCCUCUUUUACAACACCUGUGAUAGUGAAGAGCUUCCAGUAUACCAUGGCUUCCCCGACCAGUUGUCCACCAAAACAAAUAAUGGACAUCGCCAGAACAAACCUGCCACUUACUACCUGGUUACAGAUACUGUAAAAAUAAAACAAAAGAUGUCAGGUCUUUCAGUGGUUCAUUUCUGUGUAAAUGCGAGGAAUGAAAAUACUGUGACUGUAAGAGACAGUUGAAGAAAUGUCUGUUUCAGUAGAAUGUAAAGACUGUUUGUUGUUACGUGUCCACAGGUCUGCAGUACUUGGCUUUGAGAUGGCACAAAGGAAACACGCUGAACACAAUUCAGUGCUAGAUUAACGACACAGCUAUAUUCUUCUGCCUUUUAUGUUGUUUCGUCAUGAUAAUCGAAGCACCAAAUGCCAUUCAUACUAUCUUCAUAUAGACAGAAGUGGACAUAAGUUACAUGGGCUUGAAUGUGUGAAGUUUUAUAGCAUUUACCAUUAAUAUCAGUCAUUUGGUGUUGUGUUUGUAAGGGCUGAUCAUUUGUUAAAGACAUAAUGUAUGUGUUGUACAAGCUGGUGAACAGUACUGGUCAGACUCCACUCACAUCAAAAUUUCAUUUGGGAUUACAAACAACCACUCUAGUCUGUGUACAAACUCUGUAUACCCCCGCCUGUAUUUCAACAGCCCCUCCAACUUCAGUGCCUUAAUAGCUAUAGAGACAGGCAUUUGUGUCAGAGUGUAUAUAAUAUGCAUUUAUGCUCCUAGUUUUCUUGUCAUGCCAAUGAAUGACUGAACAAACUUCAGGAUGAUUAGCUCUUAUACUUGAGAUCAGUCGUGUAAGCUGCUCUUGUUAAACUUGUAAUACUGUCUUACUGUGUAAUGGCUGUCAUUGUCUUUCUGUGUUUCCCUCACAACAGUCUCCUCAGUCAAUCUUUUUUCUCACAGGCAGAUCCCAGAUACCACUAAUCUACAGUGAAGACAGGGGAUUUAGACUUGAAAAGUAAAUUCUUUAAUUGUCCCGGCUCAGGGGAAUAUUGAUUGUCCUCAUUCCAUGUCUGUGUCAUGUUGGUCAUAUGCUGGUACGUUUCUGCUCCUUGGCUGCAGUGACAAUAAGUUUCCUGCCCCAUUGUUUUGCCAAUCUUAUGCUUUGAAAUGUUAUUAGAGGUAGGUUAUGUUAUAGGUAGGUUAUUUCUCUCUUUUUGCAUUAAUCAGGCCCUCCACUGUUCUUAGCUGCAGCCUCAUCCAUGCACAGAGAAAUGAGGUGAGCUACAAGGCUUUUGGUGAGGUCCACAUGAUUGAUGUAAUUAUUUCAGAUCUCCUUUUUGCUUUCUCAGGAAUUUCUUGAAAUCUUUUCCUCUUUGAUUAACUUUAAUGGCUUUUUGUCAAUAAAAGUAAAAGAAAACAAA